AUGUCUCACACCAACCAUGACAAUAUCUGGACCGAUGCCAUCACUCCGCACCCGACGAUGCAACACUUCCCUUCGGAACCCCUGUCUCCUCACCCUUCGACGUUGGUCUCCACCUCUUCGCCUCUCCCGUACAAACAGGAUCCGUGGACUUUCUUCCGCACACGAAGACGCAGAUCUCUGAUAGCGCUUCUCCUAGUCGCGUCCUUUCUGCUCUUAUUCUUCGCUCAGGCGCGAAUAGGUGAAGAUAGAGAGAGACGGAUAUGUUUUGACUCUGUCAAGCUGGACGUCGGACGCGACCAAGCGCACCUUACUGUCCAGUCCCCAUCGGCUGUCACCGUCACUGCACCAGCCCGGACAGAAACUGUCACUAUCUAUGAAAACGCGCCGAUAAUUCCCGCUGUGACUGCCUCUCCACCCGCCACCACAGAACCUGUUUACCAGCCGCACACUGUUGAGUCAGUUGUAUUUGCGUUCAUCAUGUGGUCCGAAAAUUCAGCCAUAGAAGGUUCAAUUCUUAUCAAGUCGGCGAUCAUGUAUAGCACACGCCCGCUUGAAUUCCAUAUUAUCUGUGAUGAACCCUCACAGAACUAUCUGCAGGGACGUCUUUCUCUGCUUCACCACCCUGUGUUCGAUGUCACUGUGCGCUUUUAUCGUCCGUCUUGGCAAAGUAUGGUAGACAGGAUCAGCCGCGAAGGUGGAAUCAGCACGGACCAUUCCGCUGGUGUCCCCGGCCUUAUGAAGCUCUUCAUUCACGAGAUUCUACCGGACAGUGUCGCCAAAGCCAUAUAUGUCGAUACAGACGCAUUCUUCCUCACAGAUCCCACUUUACUUUGGCAAACCUUCGCACACAUGAACGCAUCAACGGCUAUCUCCAUGCCCACACAUCCCGAUCAAAAGACUCCACAUUGGCAUAAUGCCUCCAAAAUCUGCUCCUGCAUCAUGCUCCUCGACCUUUCUAAACUUCGUGCCCUCCGCCUCAUGGAUUCUAGCUUCUAUCGAGACGAUACGUCUGGACUUUUCCCCCCUGCGCUCUCACCUCCGACGUUUGAGGCUCUUUUCGGUCCCCCAGGCCCUGACGGCCACUACAAAGAUGUUGCCCUGGGAGACCAGGGGUAUUAUUGGGCUAUUGUCAGCAAUCGUACAGACCUAUUUGAGCAUCUUUCGUUUGACUGGGAGGUGUCGAGUUGCCUGCUUGACAUGUAUGGGACCGGCGUCGGACAUGACGAUGCGACAGAAGAAGAACAGCGGCGCGCUAUGCUCCAUUUAAACGAGACCCCUCACCAGGGCGAGGCAAUCAUGCCCAAACUUCUCCACUUCAAUUGCCUCGACGGCGUUGAUGUUUACUUUGAAUGGACCGGCUGGUACGAUCCCGACAACAGCUUGACGCAGCGUUGGGGGUCUGCACUCGACUACCAUGUCGGCACGAAGUGGAUAUGGUUGAAUCGUGGUCAUGGCAAACUCGACAUGGACACGAUCGUUGAACCGCUAUUUGCCGACCAACGUUUUGCACUAGAACACUCACGUGGUUUUACGCCAUGA